GACUUUACAUGUAAAUCGGCCGCUCCUGCCGCUCACAACGCGUUCGCUGUGAACGUAUCGCUCCUUCAGCGUCAGGGUCAGAGUCUUCUAGCUGUUUUAUAUCUACACAGCUACGGAAGUGACGCAGUGUUUACAGCGUACAGCUGCAGCUAGUCGAGCUAACUUGUAGAAAAUUUGUUUUUGCUCGUGUUUAAGUGUCGAUGGGGGCUCACGGGGUUCUGGGGAACGAGCCGGAGUCUUUAGACUACUCGGUCCAUGAAGCCUGGAACGAGGCUACGAACGUUUACCUGCUGGUGAUCCUGGUCAGCUUCGGCCUGCUCAUGUACGCCCGGAA